AUGGCGAGCGAGAGCGACGAGCGGACGAAGAAGCGACGCCGGCGGGCGACGACGGCCUGCCUGGCGUGUCGCGCGCGCAAGACCAAGUGCGACAACCGGCGGCCCUGCAGCUACUGCGCGGCCAACGGGCUCGCCUGCGCCUACGCGGACGACCCGGCACAGGCAGAGCCGUCGCACAGCCAGCUGCUGGAGCGCAUCAACCACGCCGUCACGCUGCUGGAGGAGGGCCGUCUGGGGAGCGGGGGCGACUGCCGGGAGGACACGCGCAGCGACUUCACGGCGGACGGGUUCGGGCAGCUCGAGAUCCCAGAGAGCGCGGCGGCGACGGUCGCGUGCGAGGCGGUGCUGUCGUGGAGCAGCUUCGCCGGGCUGCCUGCGGUGCGGACGGUCAGCUCGUUUCUGCUGCAGUCCAGCGCGGGCUUCGACCUGCCCGACCCCGGCAGCGCGGCGGCGGACGUCGCCUGCGCCCGCCGCGGCAUCAGCGAGGAGGAGACGGUGCCCCUGUGCCAGCGCUUCCUCGACUCCUUCUACCGGCGCAACCCCGUCCUCGACCCGGGCGAGCUGCUCGCCUGCGCCCGCCGCAUCACCGAGCACGGCUUUGGCUGGGACGGCAGCACCUGUCUUGUGCUCCUGGCGUGCGCGCUGGGCUCGCUGCCGCACGCCGCCCACGUCCCCUACAGCCGGCGGGCGGCGGACGACCUUCCCGCCUCGCGCGCCGUCUCGGACGCCUACUACGUCGCCGCCCGGAAGCGCCUGGGCACGCUCGACCUCUCCGUCCUCGCCGUCAAGUGCUACUGCUACGCUGGCAUCUACGAGAAGGCCGUCUUCCAGCCCCUGCGCGCCUGGCCCCUCUUCCAGCACGCCUGCGCCCAGUACCAGGCCUACCUCUGGCGCCGCGCCAACUUUCCCAGCACCAGCACCAGCUACACCAGCUGCACCGACCAGACCAGCACCAGCACCAGCUACAACGAGCAGGCCAGCUACACCGAGCAGACCAGCUACACCGAGCAGCGCCUCUACUGGUUCUGCGUCAAGACCGAGUGUGAGCUCCGGGCGGACCUCCGCCUCCCGCGCGGCGGCGUCGUCGAGUUCAGGUACCCCGGGUCCUUCUCCGGCCUGUCCAUGCCCCCGGCCGACGCCCAGCCCGACGCCCCCCUCGUCCCCGAGGAGCAGAGCAGCUGGUUCUACUACCUCGCCGAGAUCUCGCUCCGCCGCAUCAUGAACAGCGUGCUCGAGGGCUUCUACUGCCGCCAGGAGACCUGGUGGAACACCGCCAACUUCGCCCUCAUCCUCGCCCAGUUCAAGUCCUUCUCCGACCAGCUCGACCUGUGGUAUCUCCUCUUCUCUUCCUUUACUUCUCUCCCUUUACUUCUCUUCCUUUACUUUUACUCCUUCUACUUCCACUUCUUCCACUUCUACUUCCACUUCUUACUUCUACUUCUACUUCACAGGCGCCAGCAUAUCCCCCCCCAGCUGCGGUUCGACGACUUCGAAACCCCCGACAACGAAUUCGCGCUCCUGCUCAAGGGCCGCUACUUCACAUGCCGCGAAUGGAUCCACCGCCCGUUCCUGCACUACGUGCUGCACCGCCCGCCCGACGACCCCUACCGUCCCCAGGCGGUCCCCAUCGCCCAGGCCGCCCUGCAGGCGUGCUCCGCGCUCAUCGUCACCUGCGUCCACAACCACCGCCACGGCGCCACCUGGUCCGUCGUCCGGCGCGCCCUCACCUGCGCCUUCUUGCUCCUCGCCGCCGCCAGGCAGGGCUUCUACGCGCCCCUCGUCGACUGGACCGCCCGCGUCAACAACACCAUACAGUACAUCGCAAAGUGGGAGCGCGAGGCCGUCGAUCUACGCUGGGCCAAGCAGGUCCUGGAGGACAUCCUGCACGACACCCUCAAGUCGCAGCCGUGUAUAUAG